UCGACAUAACACCGGCUGCUUGGGCUGGGUUUUUGCUACAGAUGACUGUAUUUAUAACGUGUGGCGGUGCUGGUAAAGUGGAGUUUCACCGCCUCCAGACUGCCGCUCAUCCGCCGCUGCAGACACCGUGAGUCUAUGUUGAUGUGACGAUGGCAGACAGCUCACACUGUUUCUACUGUCGUGAGGACCUUGGGGGGAAGAGGUUCGUUCGUAGUGAGGGUAAACCAGUGUGUGUUCGCUGCCACACCAAGUUCUGCGCCAACUCCUGUGCAGAGUGCCAUCGACCCAUCUCUGUGGAGACAAAGGAGCUCAGCCACAAAGGCCGCUACUGGCAUGAAGAGUGCUUUCGUUGUGCAAAGUGUUACAAGCCUUUGGCCAAGGAACCAUUCAGCACCAAGGAUGACCGCAUCAUGUGUGGGAAGUGUUGCUCCAGAGAGGUUGCUCCACGCUGCCAUGGCUGCUACAAACCCAUACUGGCUGGAGUAGAGAGUGUCGAGUACAAAGGGAACUCAUGGCAUGACGAGUGCUUCACCUGUUGUAACUGUAAAAAACCAAUAGGAUCACAGAGUUUCCUCUCCAAGGGAACCGACAUUUACUGCAGCCCCUGCCAUGAUAAGAAAUUUGCCAAACAAUGUGUCAGCUGCAAAAAGCCGAUAACCUCUGGAGGAGUGAACUACCAGGACCAGCCGUGGCACAGCCAUUGCUUUGUGUGCAGCUCUUGCUCAAAGCCACUGGCAGGGACCAGCUUCACCAACCACCAGGACCAGGCCUUUUGUGUUGAUUGCUACAAGAACUCUGUGGCCAAAAAAUGCAGUGGCUGCCAGAACCCCAUCACAGGUUUUGGUAAAGGUGUGAACGUUGUGAACUAUGAGGGCAGCUCCUGGCAUGAAUACUGCUUCAACUGUAAGAGAUGUUCCCUCAGUCUGUCCAACAAGCGCUUCGUGGCCAAGGGAAAAGACAUCCUCUGCACUGACUGCAGCAACAAACAGUGAUGGACGACUCAAUUGUUGUCAUUUAAAGGGAUUUAUGUAUAGAUUAGGGUUUAUUUUUUUCUUUUUUGCAUAAAGGCCAGUGUCUCCAUUUCAGUAUCUUGGUAAUUAUUCAGCUAGAAUUGUGGAUAUUAAAAGUAAGUUUUGGCUACCAUUAUUAUUAUCAACUAUUGACAGUUUACUCUGAUGCUGUAUGCUAGCACUCUAAGCUUUGUGCAAGCUUUAGUUAGUGCCUUUAAUGUCUUCUUGUUUGUCUACAUUUCAAUGGUAUCAUCAUUCUGGUGCCAAAUAAUCAAUAUAUAUUCAUAUUUUAUUUUCUUUAUACUAAAUAAUUAUGCUUAAUGCAAAUAAAUAAAGUUUUAUUACAUAUUCUCCAGAGGUUUGUCUCAGUAGACAGACAAAAAUAAUUAUCUAAUCAAAAUAUGCUUAAAACCAGCAUGCCUUGAUGUGUUGCUAAAAUGAAAUAAAUUGACUACAAAACUG